AUGGCGUCGGAAAUGGUAGUCGGGUGGAUCCCGCGAGAGAGAAGAGACUGGCAAGCGGCCAGGAAGGCCCCGGCAAGCACGACGACGGUGGUGGUCCCAUCCCCAGCGGCGGCGUCCUGGGAGCGGGAGAGCUCCACGAGCAUCUUCGCGGCGGGCUGGAGAACCUCCAUCUUGUUGAGUAUGGUGGCGCCGUCGUUGGUGAUGAUGACCUCACCGCUGGCGGAGGCGAUCAUCUUGUCCAUCCCCUUGGGGCCGAGACUGGUGCGAACGGCGUCCGCCACCGCGCGAGCGGCCUGGAUAUUCGCCUGCCGCACGUCCUCGCGACGCUUGGUGUCGACAUAG